AUGGAGAAGUCGCCGUCAUCACUGGCUAAUUCGAAUCCAAAUACACAACGUAAACCGUCGUGGUUAAAAACAUUAGCAUUAGUAGUAUGCAUCAGCUUACUCGGGCUCGCUACUUUAUAUGGCCAACCUCCAAGCCUAUCGUAUGAAGGGCUUCGCCGACAGUAUUACCAUGGCCUCGUAGGUGGUACGAUACAAUAUGGUGCCGAGUCUCCCUACGGACGGUUCCCGCUCCUUGACGACCCAUUCCACUUCAUUCCCUGCACCAAUGAGACCCUAUUACCCGCGCUCGACGAUUCGGAUCCUGUCCGGAGCUGGGCUCGCCUAUUCGAACCAAAACCCGAGCACUGGAGCUGGGGCGGCGCUCCGUUAGUAGCAGAGCAUAACGCCCAAGGUGAAGAUCCAUAUUUCGGACGGGGGAUCUACCUCUGCGGUUACCUCGAUGUUCCUCUAGACUACACCAAUAAUACCGAGCCCCGUAUUGUUCGGCUUGCGGUUACUAAAUAUCAAGUUUCGGGCCUUGCGCGUGUUGAUACGGUACAGCAGCCUAUUUCUCCAAUCGGCCGUUCGGCGGGUUCUAAGAGUGAGCGCACCAUCAUUGUUAAUCCUGGUGGUCCAGGCGCGAGCGGCACGUUGCUAGUCUGGAGAGCUGGAGAGGACUUCACGAAGCGGUUGAGCGACGGCAGGUUCGACGUCCUGGGAUGGGACCCUCGCGGCGUCAACGCAUCAUUGCCUUCCCAAGCAUGUUUCCCCCAUGACGUCUAUAGAGACCGCUGGUCUCUGCUUACGGGGCAGUACCGUGAAGCUACCGGGUCGCCUGAAGUCAAACUCGAACUUGCUGAUGCUCUAAACAAUGCUACUUUUUUUGCCUGCAAGGAGAAGUAUGGUGACAUACCCCGGUUUCUGAGCACGGCGUUCGUCGCGCGCGAUAUGGAAGAAAUUCGCAAGGCUUUAGGCGAAGACGAGGCAACUGGCUAUCUUAUCAGCUACGGCACCAGUAUUGGACAAACAUGGGCGAAUAUGUUUCCGCAUAGUGCCGGUCGUGUCAUUCUUGACGGUCUGGAAUAUGUUCGUGAUCACCGCAAGCUUGGUGGUUUCGGGUGGAAUGCGCUAGAUAAUACUACCGAUGUCUGGCGUGAUGGGUUUCUAGGCGAGUGUGUCAACGCCGGCCCGAAAUACUGCGCUCUAUCGCGGCCUAGAGGCUCAGAGCCCGUGUCGUUACGGGAAUUAGAAGAUCGCAUGGAAAAACUGUUGGUUUCACUUAGCCAGCGUCCCAUCGCAGGGUAUCUUGAAUCAAGCGGGCCUUCUCUCGUAACUUACUCGGCUAUCGUGUCUGCUAUAUACGGCGCUUUACACAAUGCCAACAGUUGGCCUGCACUAGCUCAGAUGUUAUACGAAUUAGAAAUGGGAAAUUCAACACUAGCUGCUGCUUUUCUCGACUAUACGCAGUGGGAGUACGAUCCUUCGCUCCCAUGUUCAGCUUCGCCAAGACCUCGAUCCCGCGAGCUAUUUCCCUUGGUUGUCUGCGCAGAUUCGUAUGAUUCGCCUUUGCCACCGGAUGGCUUACUCUGGUGGCAGUCCCUUUGGGCUAACAUGACUGCCCGAUCCUGGAUAUCAGGUAAUAAGGAGUUCUUAGACGUCUUUCCCUGCCAGCACUUCCAUACCUACUGGCCUCCGCCAGCCGAGCUAUAUCGAGGAGAUCUAAAUAACACACUGAAGAACCCCUUACUGUUAAUCGCGGAGACGUACGACCCGGCUACUCCUUUACGGAACGGGAAACACCUACUAAGUGAAAUGGGGAAGAACGCCAGGUUGAUCAUUCACCACGGUUAUGGACACUCAUCCAGGGACAAAUCUAGUUGCACAGACUCCAUCAUGAAAGCAUAUAUCCUGAACGGCACAUUGCCCACAGAACAAGAAACAUCUUGCUACGCGGAUGGGAAACCGUAUCUUUACGGACCCUAUGAAACGGAAUCUUCGAGCCAAGGUGCUAUGGUUCAAGAUGCUAUUCAGAUAUGGCGAGAGCAUAUCCGAGAGCUCGUAUCGCGGAACCCAAGGCUGGUUCCAAGAAGCUGA